AUGAUAAAAAAUUCUGCCAAAUUUAAGCACAAUGUGCCAAAAUCCUCAACAACCUCUGCAAUUUCAGAAUUUUCUUUAGAUGAAUCUCCACUUCCAAAUUCCUCUUAAUUUUCAAGCUUCACUCAUGCAUAAACAAUUUCAGCAAAACUCAACAGAAGUUCAGUUUAUAACUAAGAGAACAUAAUGUUUAACACCCCCAGAUGUUUGGCGGUUCCAUUUACAGAAAUUGAGAAGGAUGAAGUUCUUUCCAAAUCAACAAUCAACAAGUAACUCUUCAAUGAAACCAACUAGCAAAAUGAAGGGUAUAUGGAACCAGCUUCAUUUUCUCAAGCAUUAAUAUAAUAGUCAAAAUAUACUGAUGAAAGUUUAAAGAAAAUUUCUAAAAUCGAGAAGUUUUUGGAGAAGACAAAACAAAAGCACUAGAAAUCUAUUAGUAUAUUAUCUUCUGAAGAUUCACCAUAUAAAUCAACGCCUCCCUUUCGCAUAUAGGGUUUAGGAACAACAGCAUAAGGAUUAAGAAAUAAAUUGGAUCACAAAAUAAAUAGAAAGUUCGAUAAACUCAUGAAUGAAUUGAGGAUAAUCAGAAAAAACAUCCAAUAUUUUACAGCAUUUGAUGGGACUUAUGCUUAGAGUAAAUAAAUGCAAAAUAACUUUAUAUCAUUAAAAUAAUAAAAUGGCCUAAUAAUAAAUAAUGGAACUCAUUUAACAAGGCUAGAAUUGAUAAAUGACACAUUCAAUAGGGAGAAAGUAUGCAAUAUUCAUAAUGAUGACUCGAGAUACAUUUCAUUUUGCAUGAGUGAUAGCAAUAUCUCUAAUGAUAUGUUAAUUACUGGUUCAGAUCAAGGUAAUAUUAUGGGUUGGAACUUGUUCAAAAAUCAAGCCUAUCGUUAUUAUGGAUUGAAUAAACAAUACAAUUGCAGCUUGUAGCAGCACUCGAUUCCAACAUUUAUAACAUAAAAAUUAAAUAAUAUAUUUGUAGGAACAAAAAACAAUGAACUGUUAGUACUCGACGAAAGAAUGAACGAAAGGAAAUGUUUGUUGUUAACCAUCAACAAGCAGAAACUAAAUCCAUUUCAAGCAAACUAACUAUUAUCGCCCUUGUUACCUAGAUUUGGAUCCAUAAUACUUGAAAGUCCUCAAUUCAAUCCUCCUGACCUAAACCUAUUGCAUUUAACAAGUUUCAAAUUAGACGAAGAAUUGGACUCAAUUAAGGAUGACUUGAUAGAGCAAUUCCCCAGUUUCAACUAAUUUGAAGAUCAAAGUUCGUUGGAAUCCCAAUAUAUCAAAUACAUUGAUGUUCAUGAUUACAAUGUUGUGGCCACUAUGACAGAUGGAUUUAUUCAUUUGGAUAUGAGGAAUCCAACAGUGGCCUAAUAUAGCUUUCGAGAAAAUGGGUCGUAAGCUCUGAAGGCCAUGUUUACUCCUGGAAAUCCUAACAAUAUCAUAUAUGCCAAGUAGAAUUCCAACAGGUGUUUACUAUGGAAUGUAUAAAAAAACUAAGUGCUAUUUCAUAAAAAACUCGAGAGUAAUCCUUCGGAUAUGACUGUUGCUCAAGAACCAAAAGAGGUUCUGUUUUUGCAUUAAGAUUAAAAUGAUUCCAUCAUUACAAUUUACAAUAAUUUUUCUUCAAAGUUAAAAUAUUGUGAUGAAUUAAUAAUUCCUGGUUUUAAUGUUUAAAAGAUUCUUUUGGACUAUUAAUGUAAGAACUUGUAUGGAAUCGGUCCUUACUCUUUGAGGACUUGGAAUUACUAUCAAUAAAAAGAAAUUGACAUCCUUCGUGACGAAAUGAAACAUUAAUUAGACUUGCUUGAAUGA